CCAAAGGAGCAGAGCCAAAUUCUUCUAGCAGCCUUUCCAAACUGGCUCUUGGGCUGCCAGAGCGACUGGCUGCUAUGUCGAACAGUUUUCCUUCCGUCAGGCUGCUGAUGGUUGUGUGGAAGAGGGGGCAGCGAGGUGGCUGGUGCAGGGUGCCUGGUGCAGGGACUCUGUGAAAUGUUUUUGAUGGCAUCUGUCAUGACCCUGUGAUGGCACUGUGAUGAUGUGGCCUAUGCAACACUGUCAAUGACUGAGCUUCAUCCUACUCAUGUGACUGCAGGGGACAUGGAGUCCUGGAUGCUUCUAAGGCCCUUUGCAGUGACUCCCCCAUACAUGUUACCCUAGGGCUCAUUGCUUGUUGUGGGGGCACAUGUGCAGGGUGUUACCAGGUGUGUCCCAGAGAUGAGAAGGCAGACAGAAAGCAGUUGCAGGGUUGCUUCCAGGGCAGCCCUGUUUUGAAUGGGGUGGUUGCAGUGUACAGAGCUGUCCCAGAGCCUGUGGUAACAGUGUGAAGCUGGGCCUCUCUUGUGCCCUGCCCCUGCAGGGAGAUAAAGAAAGAUGAACUUUAGCUCUUGAGCUACUUUUAGCAGCUCUUCUCUGAGCUCUGGACAGCAUGUUUACCCCUGAGCUUGCAUCAUGCUGUGUUGGUCCUGGUCAUGUUGGCUGCUCUCUGGCUCUAUUCCAGAGACGGAGAAGAGGCAAACCGCAGAGAUGAGCAAGCCGGGUGGAAUCAGAAAGGUUCAACCCUCAGAUCUUUAACCCAGGCAAGGGGUUAAACCCUGGGGCUGGCCAGGCAGAGCCUCCUGUGUGGAGUUCCAGGGCUGAUGGGGUAGGAACUUCCCUGACAGUGGUGGCUGCUGUCAUAAGGAGUGUCUUAGGGACCUUUUUCAUCCAGGAGUGUCAGAAUGCCUUGUGUGGAUGACAGGAGGAACUGAAGUUUAGUGCUGCAAGCUGGCUUGUCCUGCAGCUGUUUGUGGCAGUGGGAAGUGGCUGAGUCCUGAUCAAGUGCUGCUGCCGCGUGGCAGCCCGGGAGCUUUGCCCUUUGGUUCUCUCAGUGUGGGGUUCCAGCACUGCUCUGAAAUCCCAAGAUUGUGGCUUUCAGAUGGAACAGCUGCUUGGAUCAUGGGUCCGGAUGUGGCAUAUGGUUCUGUUUCUGCAGCCUGAUCAGGAGGUCUGCCUCUGAGCCGCUUGGCACCGGGUGCUGCAGGGGCUGCCCAGGUAACUGCUUCCUGUGCCAUGCUACCACAGCCCUGUCCUCAGAGCUGGAAACACGGCUCUGGCAGGAGCUGGGCUGGGGCAGCAGCUGCUGCUGUUUCCGGAGGGGCUGGUGCAGCCCCCCCCCGCCCGCGGUCAUGAUGCAAUAGGAAGCGAGGAGGCUGAGCUCACCAUCCAGGCGGGGCAGUCUCUUCGGGGCUGGUGGGCUUUCACUCUUGCCUGGCCUGUGCAUUUGUUGGGUUUUCCCUCCAGCCUUCACCGCUCAUGCUGUAGGAGUGGCCUCCAGGACUGAGUGGAAGAGCUGGAGCCCUGCAGUUGGUGGAGCAGAGAGAGCAGCUGCUGCAGCUGAGAACUGACCGCAAAGGGCUGAACCCCCUGUGGAAUGGAGGCUUUGCUGUGCUGCCCUAUACGCAGCCCUGGCCCGCAGCUCAUAGCCCAGCCCUUGGUCUGCAGCAUCACAGAGGCUCUGUCACAUCAACCAGGGCUAUAGGAGGACCUGUCUGCAGGACCUUGCAUGGAUACUGGUUCUCUUCUUUUGUGUUCACUUGUUGCUCCAUUGAAAGCAGGUUUGGAUCAUGUGGACUUCUCAGAGGAUUGCACCAGAGGGUUGUAGUUCAAGGUUAAUGUUGCUGCUCCUGCCUUUGGGCCUGUUCAGUGCUGUGAAGUGCUGAAAACCUCUCUAACUCCUGUGUCAGUGCCAAUGUCUGUCCCCUCCUGGUGCCUCAGCCCACAGAGGAUGUUUUCACUUUCUUCACACCCAGACAAAUGGGAAAAGAGUCCCUCAGGAGAGCAGGCCAUGCAGUGAUGCUGCAUCACUCAGCACAGGAACGUUUGGGAAAAGCAAACCACUUUCUGCAGGAAAGUGACUGCUGGUGUCAUGCGGAGCUCUGCCUUCAUUUGCCAGCACAGCUGGAGUUCCCUCCUUAGUGUCAGUUUGAUUUCCAUUGAUGCAAGUCAUGAACUUGAAAAUUACUCCUUCCUUGUUUCUGUAGUUUCCUGGCAGUCUCCGCCUUCCAGACUUACUGUAAGCUCCACAGCCACUUCCCUGCCUCCUGGCUGGGCUCACCAGGGGUGCCUUCGAGACCAAAUUAAAGCCUCAUUCCUACCUGUUGUCAGUGACCAGCCUGCCUGUGCCAGCUGUCUUGGAGCUCUGUGCCCUGGGCUUGUGCCCUGGCUGUCUUUGGUUCUGGCCAGAGAGAACCCUGAACCCUUUUCAGGGCAUUGCAGUAGUCACAACUGGGUCCUGGCAGGCAGGUGCCGGGAACCCACUGGGAGCCACCUCCGAGCCACCCUUGUGCCCAUCCCUCAGGUCUCCGGAGCUGGCCAGGAUGGCGCAGUGGAACCAGCUACAGCAGCUCGACACGCGGUACCUGGAGCAACUCCACCAGCUCUACAGUGACAGCUUCCCCAUGGAGCUCCGGCAGUUCCUGGCCCCGUGGAUUGAAAGCCAGGACUGGGCAUACGCUGCCAGCAAGGAGUCGCAUGCCACGCUGGUGUUCCACAACCUGCUGGGGGAGAUUGACCAGCAGUACAGCCGCUUUCUGCAGGAGUCCAAUGUCCUGUACCAGCACAACCUGCGCCGCAUCAAACAGUUCCUGCAGAGCAGAUACCUAGAGAAACCAAUGGAAAUAGCCCGUAUCGUGGCUCGCUGCCUCUGGGAAGAGUCCCGGCUCCUCCAGACAGCUGCCACUGCAGCCCAGCAAGGAGGACAGGCAACACAUCCAACAGCAGCUGUGGUGACAGAGAAGCAGCAGAUGCUGGAGCAGCAUCUGCAGGAUGUCAGGAAGAGGGUGCAGGAUCUGGAGCAGAAGAUGAAAGUGGUGGAGAAUCUCCAGGAUGACUUUGAUUUUAACUACAAGACUUUGAAAAGCCAAGGAGACAUGCAGGACCUGAAUGGGAACAGCCAGUCAGUGACCCGGCAGAAGAUGCAGCAGCUGGAGCAAAUGCUGACAGCACUGGACCAGAUGCGCAGGGGCAUAGUGAGCGAGCUGGCUGGGCUGCUGUCAGCCAUGGAAUAUGUGCAGAAGAUGCUGGCAGAUGAGGAACUGGCAGACUGGAAGAGACGGCAGCAGAUUGCCUGCAUCGGUGGCCCACCCAAUAUCUGCCUGGACCGGCUUGAGAACUGGAUAACUUCUCUUGCCGAAUCACAGCUACAGACCCGACAGCAGAUCAAGAAGUUGGAAGAACUGCAGCAAAAAGUAUCCUAUAAAGGUGACCCAAUCGUCCAGCACCGGCCCAUGCUGGAGGAGCGGAUUGUGGAGCUGUUCAGGAACCUGAUGAAAAGUGCUUUUGUCGUGGAGAGGCAGCCCUGCAUGCCCAUGCACCCUGACCGGCCCCUUGUCAUCAAGACAGGUGUGCAGUUCACCACCAAAGUCAGGUUGUUGGUCAAGUUUCCAGAGCUGAACUAUCAACUGAAAAUCAAAGUCUGCAUUGACAAGGACUCUGGGGAUGUUGCAGCACUUCGGGGGUCCCGGAAGUUUAACAUCCUGGGGACCAACACCAAGGUCAUGAACAUGGAGGAGUCGAACAAUGGCAGCCUCUCAGCAGAAUUCAAACACCUGACCCUGCGGGAACAGCGGUGUGGAAAUGGAGGCCGAGCUAACUGUGAUGCCUCACUAAUAGUCACUGAGGAGCUGCAUCUCAUCACUUUUGAGACAGAGGUGUAUCACCAGGGGCUGAAGAUCGACCUGGAGACCCACUCACUGCCUGUGGUGGUCAUCUCCAACAUCUGCCAGAUGCCCAAUGCCUGGGCAUCUAUCCUGUGGUACAACAUGCUGACCAACAACCCUAAGAACGUGAACUUCUUCACGAAGCCACCCAUUGGGACCUGGGACCAGGUGGCAGAGGUGCUGAGCUGGCAGUUCUCCUCUACCACCAAACGUGGUCUCAGCAUCGAGCAGCUGACCACGCUGGCAGAAAAACUGCUGGGACCAGGUGUGAAUUACUCUGGCUGUCAGAUAACCUGGGCCAAGUUCUGCAAGGAGAACAUGGCUGGCAAAGGCUUCUCUUUCUGGGUCUGGCUGGACAACAUCAUUGACUUGGUGAAGAAGUACAUCCUGGCACUGUGGAACGAAGGGUACAUCAUGGGGUUCAUCAGCAAGGAGCGGGAGCGAGCUAUCCUGAGCACCAAGCCCCCAGGGACCUUUCUGCUGCGCUUCAGUGAGAGCAGCAAGGAAGGUGGCAUCACCUUCACGUGGGUGGAGAAGGACAUCAGUGGGAAGACACAGAUCCAGUCGGUGGAGCCUUACACCAAGCAGCAGCUGAACAACAUGUCGUUUGCGGAGAUCAUCAUGGGCUACAAAAUCAUGGAUGCCACCAACAUCCUGGUGUCCCCACUGGUGUACCUAUACCCAGACAUCCCCAAGGAGGAGGCUUUUGGAAAGUACUGCCGCUCUGAGAGCCAGGAGCACUCGGAAGCAACGGACUCAGGUGCUGCUCCGUACCUGAAGACCAAGUUCAUCUGUGUCACCCCCACCUCCUUCAGCAACACCAUCGACCUGCCCAUGUCCCCGCGCACCCUGGACUCGCUCAUGCAGUUCGGCAACAGCAGCGAGGGCGCAGAGAGCAACGCGGGCGGGCAGUUCGAGUCGCUGACCUUCGACAUGGAGCUGACCCCAGAGUGUGCGUCCUCACCCAUGUGAGGGGCUGCGCCGGCGCACGGGGCCCUCCCUGGGCUCAGUCUUCCCACCUCCAGAGCACUGCCCCGGAUUUGUCCCACUCAGCUGCAGCUGCUCCGGGCCUGCCCUCGGGAACAGCUAGGGGCCAGGGCCCCUAAAUGGGUCAGGUCCUCACCUGAGGACCUCUGGGGUGGUGCCACUCAUCUCUGGGGGAGGGGGAUGAACCUUUUUCUAUUUCCUUCCAUAACAGUUUUCUAUUAUUUUUGCUCAUUCAAGUGCCUAUUUGCCUCCAAUUGCAGCCACAGUUCCUACAAAUACUUCCACAGCCUUGGUCCCGCUGCUGGAAGCUGCUGUCCUGACUGCCCACACCCAUACCCACAAGACCCUACAAGUCUGGAAUUGCAGAGGGGAUUUGCCAUAGGGCAGGGUCUGCCCUGCUGUUCCCAGCACCUCCUAGAGCUUGGAGGGUGCUGGGGUGAAUCCCCUCUCUGCACCUGUCUGGCCCUGGUUUUGGCCAGGAUGACUAGUACAGGACUCAAAGCUGCAGGUGGAUGUAUCCAGGUGCUCCUGCCUUGGACUUAGCAGGCACUGCCCCUGCUGGACUCAGCCUGGGUUUGCUGGGAGCCCAGAGGUUUGGGAGUUGCUUGUCCUUGUCCCCAGCUUCCUGCUUCAGGCACAACGAUCUGACCAAUGCCAGCAGCCCAGGCUCCUUUUGGGAUGGCUGGUGUCCCUGAGGUAGGGCAGAGCUGCUACCCAGUAAUGGCACCUGUGUGUAGACAGCACUUGCAGCUGUGGCCCAUUUUGGGAACUGGGUGAAGCCACAGGGGCUCCCCUGGCUUCCCUGUGGCCAGGCUGGUGCAGGGAGCACGGUCUUGAUUCCAGCACUGUGCUGAGUUAGAUCAGUUGGACCCUGGGGAACUGGGGGAACCAGCAUGGCUGACAGUGGGGCACCUGGCCUGUCCCUUUUCCUUUGUGUUGUGAAGGGGCAGGCGUGGGGUUUGUAGCGUCUCGGGGGCUUCAUGUGGCAUUUCUUUUGGAGGUUGGCCCCCACAGUUAAGGUGGGAAGGGGCAGGAUUUGAAGGGAGCAGGUGGCUGUAGGGAGAGGAGCCUGCUGUGGGGCAGUGCAGGACAGUUACAUGGGUGUUGUGGAGAGCAGAUAUCCUGAAUUUUGGGGUGGUGGUGGUUAUGGUCCUGCAUUUACCAAAACUGGGGGAGCCCUCCUGCCUAUGCAGUGGGCAAACAGACACAGAUGAGCAGUGGAGGGGUGGGGGAGGCAGCUGCUGCCUCCAAGUUGCAUCACAGCUGGUGGGCAGGGAACCAGAAGGCAGGGGGGAGGAUCCCCAUGGCUGUGGGGUCUGGGCAAAGCCCCUCCAGGCUGUGUGGGAGCAGGAUGGGGGGACUGUGGCUGGACCUGAGGAUGCUCAGGGGCGAUGAGGGCCUUUUGCCCCUCUGCUCGUUCACCAUAGCUGCCUCCAGCCACAGUCCCUGGAGCCCAGGGCAGCAUUCAAUACUGUAAAAAAUUUUAUUUUUUUGUAUAUUUUAUUGCUGUAUCUACAGGCUUUAACUUUCUCCAAAAUAAAGGCCCUGAAGCGA